AUGUGUAAGUACUUGGUCAACACUUAUCCUCAUUUACUAGAUGUCAAAGACAAUGAUGGAGGGACUGCCUUACAUGAUGCAGCCAAUGGAGGUGACAUUGAAUUAUUCAAUUUUCUGUUGGGAAAAGGCUUUAGUAUCGAAACCAAAAGAAGUGAUGGGACAACUGUGCUUCACCUAUGUUGUAUGAACGGAAAACUAGAUAUGUGUAAGCACUUGGUCAACACUUAUCCUCAUUUACUAAAUGUCAAAGACAAUGUUGGAGGAACUGCCUUACAUGAUGCAGCCUUUGGAGGUAACAUUGAAUUAUUCAAUUUUCUGUUGGGAAAAGGCUUUAGUAUUGAAACCAAACAAAGUGAUGGGAAAACUGUGCUUCACCUAUGUUGUAUGAACGGAAAACUAGAUAUGUGUAAGCACUUGGGCAACACUUAUCCUCAAUUACUAAAUGUCAAAGACAAUGAUGGAGGGACUGCCUUACAUGAUGCAGCCUUUGGAGGUAACAUUGAAUUAUUCAAUUUUCUGUUGGGAAAAGGCUUUAGUAUCGAAACCAAAAGAAGUGAUAGGAAAACUGUGCUUCACCUAUGUUGUAUGAACGGAAAACUAGAUAUGUGUAAGCACUUGGUCAACACUUAUCCUCAUUUACUAAAUGUCGAAGACAAUCAUGGAGGUACUGCCUUACAUGAUGCAGCCUUUGGAGGUAACAUUGAAUUAUUCAAUUUUCUGUUGGGAAAAGGCUUUAGUAUAGAAACCAAACAAAGUGAUGGGAAAACUGUGCUUCACCUAUGUUGUAUGAACGGAAAACUAGAUAUGUCUAAGUUCUUGAAAAGGGCUUUGACAUCGAAACCAAAAGAAAUGAUGGCAAAACUGUGCUUCACCAAUGUUGUAUGA